AUGAAGUGCUCAAACUCUUCUUGUCGAUUUGCUGGGUCACCUCCGACUGGGUACAAGAUGAUUGAAAAACUUCUAAAUCAAGGCACUGUGUGUCCCAUUGACGACUGUGACGGCAUCCAGGAACAUGUUGAAUGUAAUGCUAAAUGUCGAUUUGACGAAGAGUACAACACCGGAUGGAGUAUACUGCGACACCAAGGCGAACACAAGCAUAUUUGGCCCAAUGCGAAAAAGGCAGAUCCUCUAUCAAAGGCAAAAUUGAAAGAAAUCAUCAUCAAUGACCCAACAACUGGUCCUUUGGGUUUAAAGGUUGGACGUGCUCAUGUAGGAACGGCUCCUAUUCGAACAGUGGUGGAUAUACAUCCAUCCUUUGGACAUAUUGACCGCUUAGGCUAUCUUCGGCGGUAUUUCCUGGUACAAGAAGGCUUGAUGACUGAUUCUGCGGACCCAGACGGCGGUGAUAGAUGGCUCCAUCAACUGAUUUAUUGGACCACUAAUUGGAUGGCCGAGGUUCUUGUACUUGAAGACAACGGCAAAUCUUAUGAAGGCGGCCUUUUAUCCGAUGUUACUUACAGGUUCUUUAAUCAUGGCUACCUACUGACGACUUCAAUGUACUGCGAAAAACUUGAACGAUUUGUACCAGUCCUUCUAUCGUGGAUUAAUGGCCUCUCUAAAGCUCAUUACAAGGUUCAUUUCAAAACAUUAUUAGUCCAGAUCAGCACGACCUCAAAAAGUGAUAAACAGAAGAGAAGAUUAUGCAAACAAGUAGUGGAUUUCUCUCAAGCUCAAAAGGUUGGAUUCAUGGAGGCAUAUAUGGAAGUAUUUGACGUGGAUAGAGACAAAGCUCUGUCAAAGUUGCAUGGCUGCAAGCAGCAUUUCAGCCAGGCCAUCACUCGAAUCAAGAACAAUCGCAACAUUGUCCGAUUUGAUCUGAAGGACAUUUGGGUGGAAAAAUGUAUGGCUUUACUGGAACCCAACACUCCGGGAAACACUCUGGACGACAAGUUUGCCAAGUUGUACUUUACAUUUCCUAACGCAAAGAGAUGGCUUGAUUGGUGGUGCAUCGCCGAUACCCAAUCUAUGUUGUUUCCUGGUCGCAAGAGAAUGCCCUUGGAUGAUCCGCCUUUGAAUGCCGACGAAAGCGAGGAGGACGAACCUGAACCUCAACGUCGAAAAGGAUCAAACAACCGCCCGGAAUUGCAUUCAACUACAAACGGGCAAGAGUCAAUGCAUAGGGUGUACUACUUACUAUGUAAAGGGAAAUGUGGUGUCAUUCCAGGCUUGAUACAGCUUCUAGCUUUCGUGCAAAGCUUGGAACGAGAUUUCCAUAACACCCGGAUAGGUGUUUCGAUUACUUAUGGUUCGUCACAAAAAAAUUGGGAGGAGCUGGUCAAAGGCUUAAAGAUGAAGAAGCCGACCAAACGACGCUACCUUGAAAACGACGGCCGACCUCCGGAUACUACCGAUGAACUUCUUGGUAAUAUCAAGACCAAGAGCGCUAAAGGCCGCGCUAAACAAGUGGCUAAAGGCCCAGGCCGUCCGAGGGGCUCGCAAAACAUCAAUCGAGCCCCCUUGACAACUUAUCAGUCGUAUACUAAAGGUAUACAACCUGGAACUAAGAACAGGUGUUGGCAAAGUGCCACACUGGAGUCUCUCUACGCGCUAUUUGGACCUCUGUGGAGCCUCAAUGCUUCAGUCAACGGCACCGGUCUAGUCCAUCUACUUUAUAAUCACCUAACCAAGCGAAGCACAGCCCAACUUGAAGGGAAAAACCUUUCCAAGUCGCUUUCAGCACACCAGAACACGAUUCACAAGGCGCUCACGAAACUGUCUCCCACAUCUUACAUACCGGAUCAAUUUGCAUCGGCUGACCAGUUUAUGGAGAAACUACUCCAUCCUGGUCCCAACUCUCUUAGACCCUUCUUUGAAAUUCCGAUUGUCAAGACUUACUCCUGCCCUGUGAAUGCCGGCCAUACUUAUUCAAAAUCAUCUUCAAUAGCUUGUAUCCAGAUAUUUCCAUAUAAAUUUGUCGAAGCUGGACUGUCUUACGGCGAUUUAGGACAAUUGAUUGAUCAAAUGACCACUGACGGUAUCUCAACGGACAGUGGUCUGGUCUGUCGACGAUGUCAUCCAGAAACCAAAGAAGAAAAAGAUGCAUACAUCAAUGCCGACAUAGUAUUGCUAUCACCUGCUUCAGAAGCCCGAAAAAAAAAGGACCUCACGACUCUCAAUCUAAAUCAGAAGAUCAAUCUGUCUGAUGCUAAGGCAGCACCGUUGCAUCUAUAUUUUCUUCUAGAAGGUGUUGGAGGAAUGGAGGGUGAAGCACGCGCCGAAUUCCAGGACAAGACCAAUUGGCCACCACGUAUUAUGGUUGGAGAUGUUGAAUACUUUAUGAUGACACGUGGGUAUUGGGCUGGUUUUCACUAUUGGUUUAAGGUAGUGCGGUCUAUAGAGGGAGUUUUGGGAGUAUGGCAUUAUGAUGAGGCUCAGAAUGGUGGUUUUGCUCAACUUCUAGACUGUGAUGUGGCUUCAAUUGGCGGGUGUGACCGCCACACCAGCUGGACAUGUUAUUCACGUCUCCCAUUUGAAGAAGAAAAAUCACAAAUAGGUGAUGUGAUACAUGGAGGUGGUCUGCCACAAGAUGAAGACAAUGCCGAAGCAGCCGCUAAUGAAGAACACAAUAACAAACAUGAUGUAGAUUUGAAAGUGGAAGCAGAAGAGGAAGUUGAAGAACUUAAGGAAGAAUCACUCAAAGAUCAGGAACUCGAAGACAAAGCAAUCAUUGAAGAAUUGACGUCAAGCCCUGUUGUUCAGCCUCCUCCUCCUCAGCAUUUCAAAAUCAAGGUCAAACUGGCUGCACGAGAACCAGAGAAAAACCAAGAUGGUGAAGGGCCUACCAGUACGGAAGAUGUGGAGCCACUCAAAAGGACUCAACGUUUGAAGAAGGCUAUUGUUGACAAAGAACAUGUUAAACCUGUAAAAUCCAUCAGAAAAAAAGGUGGUAAAAAACGCUGA